AGUUCGCUCGUAAAUGCAGUGGACAGUCUGGCUGGUUGGUGGCACAGGCUGGCUGGGCACCAGGAGACAUCCCAGAGCGCAGGGAGGUGGCAGGCGGCCGGGAUAAGCUUUUACCAGCCUUGGAAGGAAGGGCAAGAAGCUUAUGAGGACGGGCGGCUUCGCGCUCUUCCCACUAGAUGGGGAUGGAGGCAUUGCGCAGAGCGCGCCCGAGCUCGCCUGGAUGCCGCCCGCAGAGAGCACUCGCGCUCGGCACAUCUUCUCCGGAUGCUGCAGGACUGCCCGAAGGCCCGCAGGGAAGUGGAGCUGCACUGGAGGGCAUCGCAGUGCGCGCACAUCGUCCGCAUCGUGGACGUCUACGAGAACCUCUACCAGGGGAGGAAGUGUCUGCUCAUCGUCAUGGAGUGCUUGGAUGGCGGGGAGCUCUUCAGCCGAAUUCAAGACAGGGGAGACCAGGCCUUCACAGAAAGGGAGGCUUCAGAGAUAAUGAAGAGCAUUGGGGAAGCCAUCCAGUACCUGCACUCGAUCAACAUCGCGCACCGGGACGUGAAGCCGGAAAACCUCUUGUACACCUCCAAAAGGCCCAAUGCUGUGCUAAAACUCACAGACUUUGGCUUUGCUAAAGAAACCACCACGCACAACUCCUUGGCCACUCCGUGCUACACGCCGUACUACGUGGCCCCGGAGGUGCUGGGCCCGGAGAAGUAUGACAAGUCCUGUGACAUGUGGUCCCUCGGCGUCAUCAUGUACAUUCUGCUGUGUGGGUACCCCCCCUUCUACUCCAACCACGGCCUGGCCAUCUCACCCGGCAUGAAGAAGCGAAUCCGAAUGGGCCAGUAUGAGUUUCCCAACCCUGAAUGGUCCGAAGUGUCGGAGGAAGUUAAGCAGCUGAUCCGCAACCUGCUGAAGACGGACCCGACCCAACGCAUGACGAUAACGGAGUUCAUGAACCACCCCUGGAUCAUGCAAUCCAUGCAGGUGCCCCAGACCCCGCUGCACACCAGCCGCGUGCUGAAGGAGGAGAAGGAUCUGUGGGAGGACGUGAAGGAGGAGAUGACGAGCGCGCUGGCCACCAUGCGAGUGGACUACGAACAAAUCAAGAUCAAGAAAAUCGAAGAUUCCUCGAACCCUUUGCUGAUGAAGAGGCGGAAGAAAGCGAACCCCACCGAGCCCACCGCGCUCCCCCACUGAGGGUGCCCCGCGUCCGCCGGCCCUUGAGAAAGCAAUAACUAUAUAUAUAUAUUUUUUAAGGAAAAAAAGACAAAAAGAGACAGACUGUUAUAUCAAGCGCAUGGAAUUCAGACAUUUAUACCAGACUAGUUAUUUUUAGCUACUCACCUGUGUUUCUGACCUUUCCGGAGCAGGCGGUAAGAUCCCCCCCGUCAGAUCCACACGCUGCGGCCGGGGGUUUUGUCCUGUAGGUGAACGCUGCCAAUAAUUGGAUUUUUUUUUUCUUUUGUGAAACAGUUUUGAUUUUUUUUUUUUUUUCCUUCCUUCCAAAGACAUGGAAAUUCCUGUGGUGACCUUUUUAGGAUAUAUAAUGUAUAAAUAUUUUUUAAAAACUACUGUAGAGCCGAAACCCAGACAGCCUGCUCCCUGCAUGGAUGCUGGCUAGAGAUGGGCUUCGGGCUUGGGAGCGGGUCGGGGGGACGGGGAGGGAGAGCUGCCUUCUCCCCCCAUCCUGCUGUGCGUGGCAGGGCCGGCGUGGGGGGUCCCCGUGGACACCACGCUUUGCUGGCCUGAAAAACUGCUGCUUUUAAAGCAUGGUAGCCAAAAAAACCCCCCACACCCCCCCCAACCCCUCCCUGACCUGGAAGCCUUGAGUCUCCCCGGCGGCGUGCAGGGCUCCCCGCGAGCGCCGUCUGUGUCGCUGUCUGUCUGUGCGUGGGGUGUGUGUCGUGUCCGUGGGCACGGAGCUGCUCGUGGCUCCCCCCCACCGUGGCCACCGCAGUCUGUGCCUGUGCCUGGAAUCCAGUUCUGACCUCAGGGGUGGAUGGCGGGGGGCGAGAUGCGAGGAGGCGGCCAGUGCCCCCCGCAUCCCCCCGCUCUGCGGGGACGUAGGGAAAAGAUGCUUCCCUGCUGCCUCUGGCUGCUCCCGCAGCCCCCAGCUCUGGGGAAGACGCUGUCCUGGGGGUCCCCGGGAAAAAGUGGGUGGCACGGGGAGGGGGUGGCGAUGGCGCGGGGCACUGCCCCUUCCCUGGCUGGGGGUCCUGCAGCCCCCCCUCCCUCCCUCCCCGGUGUGGCUCCUGCCAGGGGGAUGCUCCUGCUGCCGGGUCCCGGGGGGCUGGGAGCGGUCCUCUGCUCCUGGAAGCAGGAUGGCUGCUCUGAAGUCUUUAGUCCAUGAAUUAUUAUUAUUAUUAUUAUUAUUUGUCACAAUGUUUCACUGCGUUAAAUGUGUUUGAAUGGGGAAAAUUUUUUUAAGGCAAUGUUUAGUUCUUAGGUGAUCUUUUAGACACUGUAUGGAAUUUUAAUUUGUUUUCAAAACUGGUUUUUACCCCCCCCCUUUUUUUUUUUAAAAAAAAUUUUUGUCCGUUGGCUUAUACUAAUCUUCCCAGUCUGCUCUUCAGUCCUUUGGAUUAAAGACACUUAAAGCGUCA